AUGCACCCCACAAAUCGUUCAUUAACUACAUUCACAAAUGGAUUAGCAAUUGAAUUUUAUCAAAAAUCAGCAGAUGAUGAUGUUAAUAAUGAAUCUUUAAUGGCUUCAAGUGGUGAAGAUAAAUUAUUGAAAGAAUGGGAUAAUGAUCAAUAUGAAAAAAUUGAUAAAAUUCCAGAUUUAUAUCCAAUUGGUCAACUGCAAAAGGAAGAAGAAAAUGAAGAAGUUGAAAACGAUGAAGAAUCACAAAAUAACGAUAAUGCCGUUAAUAAAUCAUUGAUAUCAAAAACUCAAGAAAAAAAAGCCAAAAGAAAUGUUGAGAAAAAGAUAAUCAAACUGAAAUAA